CACAUGCUCAGAAAUAAAAGUGUAAAUGAGAAAUGUACAAUUAUUUUUUAUAUGCAAAGUUUUCAGAGGAAUAUUUUUUAAUUAACUGAAGGAUUGGUUAUAAAUUAAAUCCAUUAGAAUUUGUAUUCAAUAAAUCAAUCAAUAAAGCGUUAUAACAAAUAUGUCAACAAUAACACGUGUGUAAUGGUAAACGAUAAAGUUUUCUUCUGAAAAUUCUUUAAUUUUUACAAUAAAAAUUUGGAACAAUUCUUUAGUAAAGCAUUAUCAUUACAUUCAAUAAGAUCAACAAUUGUAUAGAACUUUUAAUCAAAGAUGCUUGGACUUCGGAAUUUUUUGACAUUAUUAAAGGUUUCAUCUAGACAAACACUACCUCCUUUUGUCUUGCAAUCACCAAGAAAUUUAUUGCAUCAUUUAUUUCAAAACAAAAAUUGGUUUCAUCAUUCAAGUAUAAAAUAUGAUAAACCUGAAAUUAAUCAGGUUGAACCAAAACCAGAAGAAAAAGAAUUAACGAAACAUCGUGUUGGAGCUUUAGAAGGUAGAUUGAUGAUAAAAUUUAAAUGUAAAAAAUGUAGCACAAAGAAUACUCAUACGAUGUCGAAAUUGGCUUACACGAAGGGCAUAGUAAUUAUUUGCUGUGAUGGUUGUAAGAAUAAUCAUCUUAUCGCUGAUAAUUUAGGAUGGUUUGGAGUCAUUGAUUCACAUACAAAUAUUGAAAAAAUUAUGCUAGCGAAAGGUGAGAAGGUUCGGAGAAUAAAUUCAUAUGGAGAAGUAUUUGAAGCAGUUGAAACAACAGAUGCACCGAAAGAUUAAGAUAACAUGUAAUUUCAUAAAUUACAUUGUUUAUUGUUGUAAAUAAAAAUAAUAUAAUUUACGUCCUGUACAUAAGUAUUUAUAUUAAAUACAUUUUUAUCAUGAAAUAUAAGCUAAAUAUAAUCUAA